CUCGAGGCGCCUCGUGUGCAACUCUCUUCUCCAAAUCAAAAUGGCGGCGCCGCAUGGCGUAAAACUGAAGGAUUUAAAGUGUGAUUUUACGGACACCACAGCGGCACAGGCUCCACAGGACGCUCAGGCUGAUUUCGGAAAGCAUGACCUCUUUGAUCUGGACGUGGUGAAGAUCUCGGAUGCUCUCCAUGGCAGUCUGGAUCCGUCCAUUCUGUCCAUCUUUCAGGAGAAGACGAGCACGGAGAGUGUGGAGAGCGAGGCGUCUCUGCUGUGUGCGCUGACUGAGAUCCUGGACAGUGUGGAUGUGGAGUCGCUGUCUCCGUUCGACACGCUGCCGGACGCUGAGAUAUUCGCUGCGCACAAGAGUUCAGGCCACAUGUUUUUUCCCGCAUCACAGCUCAGGAAUCUGCUUCAUGCUCCACAGCCGCCAUCAAAUCAACACCCAAAAGUCUCACAAUCAGCCGCUUCAAAGUCCAGAAGAGAGGUUGCGAUAUCAGACAGACAGCUGAGACCCCGUCGCCAUUCAGGAUCCCAGAAUGAGCUUUCACAGCGAGACGACCAUGAGAAAAAUACAAAAAGAUAUUCCACGAGAAUCUUCCGGAUCGAGUCCGAGCCAGUGUUCACAGAAGACAGACUGGAGCUGCUUGCAGAAUUAGUGAGACACAUGCACCCGUACUGCAUGAAGGUCUCCAGCGUGUCUAAAGAGGAGGACGAGGAGGAGUUUGUGGAUGUGGAGGCUUACGAGGAACCGGAGGAGAACAUUCUAGACCAAUCAGAGCUUGGCAAAGAGUCCAAAGCGGAAAACGCAUUAUCUUUUAUAUCCGAGGAUCAACAUAAACACGAAGACUCAAAUCCACAAAACACAAGUAUACAGAGCCACGACGAAGAAAACAUCAUGUCUUCAGAUAAAAGUGUUGAGUUGACGACACAACGCAGCGCUUUAGUAAAAACUAAUGUAGCACAGAUCAAGAAGAAGAAGACGGUGACCUUUGCACAUAAUUUAACCUCCGUUUAUGAGAUUCCAGCUAAUAAUGACGAGUCUGACUCUGAUUUAGCACAAUCUCCAGCUUUAGAGGAUGCUCCUAAUAAUGACAUCAUUGCUUCUAAUAAUGACACAACCUGUUCUAAAACGGACAUGACUUAUUCUAAAAGUGACAUCACCGCUAGUAAAAAUGACAUCACUUCCCCUCAGAAGCCCAAAAUGCUCAGUCUGCAGGAGUAUCGUCUCCUCAGGCUGAAGAAGCGGCCGAUGGAGCAGAGGCGGAUGGACUAUCGGACCAAAUGGCCUUCACUUCCUGACGUUCCCAGAGAACUCCCGGACUUGUUUAAAUUCAAUCCGAAGCUGAGUGGAAACGCUCAUUCUGCACUGAAAUUAAAAGCAGCAAGUGUGCAGACGUGUCAGUCCGAGCCAAAACAUCUUCAACGUCCAGCCAGAACGCAUGUAGAUCAUUGUGUGGAUCCUCCAAACCCAGUUUUAGUGCCUCUGAAGAACACCCAAGAGCAGACUGAGGACAGAGAUGCAACACCAUCUCCAGCAGAAGUGCAGAAUUUAGAUCUCUCCGAGGUCACACCUGUGAGCGUCGAACCCAAAUGCUCUGCUGCGAUAUCAGAAUUAUCUGUACUGAAGCCUGACGCCGUCACAGAAGAGCAGACGCAGAACUCGUGUGGAGAAAUCGGAAUUGAAGCUUCAGAUCUGACCAGUCUUUUGGAGCAGUUCGAGACUCAAGCUUGUGAUGCUCAGACACUUCCAGAAGUUUCCCCAGAUGAGUCUCAGUGUCGUCUGCCGGACCUCAGCAGCACUGCAGGUCUGACUCCUCCUGCCACUCCUCCACAUCAGAUCUGGAGGUCAAAAGGGACCAAAAAUGACCCCAUAAAGCCUUCAUCCAGCAAAACCAUUCAGAUUAUUGAACCCCGGCCACUGCCACCCAGUAAAACUCACUCAAAACCUCCUCUGGCCACUGUUACACCUACGAUAAACCCUGCUCAAGCGUUCCUGGAUCACGAUUACUGCGGGAUUCAGGCACAAAUAAACUCACCUUCGUGCAAUUACCGGAUGUUUUCGGAGAGUCCGCGUCUGCCAGCAUCAGUGCUGCUCUCUCCGGACAGCUCCCCCUGCAGGAUGGAGACAUUCGAGGAGGUGGAGUCUCUCAGGGGGCGGGGCUUGUGCUUUUCUGCCCACUCUCCGAGCCCAUUGGACCGUGGAAGAUUGAAGAGGCGGAGUUAUGAAGGCAGAUACAGACACUCCAGGUCUAGCUCCGGAUCAUCCUGCUCGUCUUGUUCUUCAUCGUCAUCGUCUUCAUCAUCGUCAUCUCGUUCCAGGUCUCGCUCUCCACCCAGAAAAAGGUACAGGUCCAGGCAUUCUGGAAGCAGUUCAUCCUCGCGUUCGAGUUCAAGAUCGUCUUCUCGUUCUCCUGUUCGCCAGUGUGGACGCCGCAAAUCCAGAUCACGAUCCAGAUCACAAGCCAGAUCCUUGUGCCACUCGCGUUCUCGUUCAAGUUCACCUGAGCCGGAUUACAGAUGGCAGAGUCGCAGGCAGAAGGAGCUGAACCGGCGACAUGAAGAGGCUCGUAAACUCCGGCAGCAGAAAGCAAUAGAGGAGCGUAGAGUCGUGUAUGUGGGAGGAAUCAGGGAAAGUAUGGCACCUUCAGACCUCAAAGAUCGAUUCUCACUGUUCGGGAAGGUUGAAGACUGUACAGUUCAUCUCAGGAGUCACGGAGACAACUAUGGUUUCGUCACGUAUUACAACACUGACGACGCUUACGCUGCCAUAGAGAACGGCGGGAAACUGAGGCGUCCAGACGAGCUGCCCUUUGACAUCUGCUUCGGUGGCAGACGGCAGUUCUGUAAAUCCAACUAUGCAGAUUUAGAUUCCAACCGGGACGUUGAUCCCGCAUCCCGGAGCCGACUGGAGUCUUUUGACUUCGACACGCUGCUGAAACAGGCUCAGAGAGGACAGAAGAGGUAGCAGAGCUGGAGAUGGACACAUUAACGUUACCUCAGAGCCCUGAUGAAAACCUUGUUGAAACAUCACAGGAAUGAUGCAUUUGCUGUUGAACACAAAAGAAGAUACUUUGAAAAAUGUUGAAAACCAUUGACUACCAUAGUGUUGGUUUUUCUUAUUAUGGAAGUCAAUAGUUACCAGUUUAAAACACACAAUAUAUUCUAUUAUAGGUUCAGCAAAGUCAGGUUUGGAACCAUGUGAGAGUUAGUAAAUGUUUAUUUUUGGGUGAACUAUGACUUUAAAUUCAGUAUUUUGUUAUUACCUUGGUCACAUGCAACUAAACCCACUCUACAAUUUAAGCAGGUUUAAAGGAGUAUUCUGGGUUAAGUAGAAGUUAAGCUCUGUUAACAGUAUCAGUGAUCAUUAAAACACAGAUGCACUUACACUGGGAGUCUGAAUCAUGCUUGAGUUUAAGCAGGAAUGCAUACUUGUGGUUUUUCAGCAGGGUUGAUUGCACUUCACUAAACUGACUUCAUUUUCACCUCGUUCUUACUUGACAGUUCUGUUGAAGUACUUUUGUUUAUAUAAUUUUGUACAUAAAAAUGGAAAGGCAUUAAAGGAGCAAAUUGCCAUCAUAGUUUAAAUGGCAAUUGGUUUGUUUUCUUUAUAUAACCUGUUUUUCUUGAGUGAUACCAAAAAUGUUUUCAUCCUUUUUCAGUUGUAAUGACGUUACUUUAUCUGAAUAAAAAGAUUUAUGUAUUAA